AAUGAGUGCCGCAGUACUGGCGCUCAUGUGCUGAAAAUGGCGGCCGACCCCACCCGCGAGGAAGACAUGCAAAAACUGGUCGACAAAACUAUGAAGACUUUCGGACGAAUCGACAUUUUGGUCAACUGUCCCGUCAACAAUGAGGAGGACCUGUCAUUUAUGGCUAAGUUUCGGGAGACAAUGCAAACACAUCUGGAGGCCAUGGUAUUCAUGACCAGCAUAUGUGUGGAGCACCUGGAGAAGACCCGGGGCACUGUCAUCAACAUGUCCACCAUUAGAAGCUUUCAGGCUGUUUCGGAAGAAUCGGCGUAUUGUAUGGCAAAGUCGGCGAUUGAUAUGUUCACCAAAUGUAUGGCCACUGAUGACGGUCCAAUCGCUCCUUACCCUUGGGAUCCAAACAACACCCCUAACCCUAACGACCCGUUUGUCGAAUUGGCGCCGAAAAUGCCGGUGAAAAGGGUUGCCGUUUCCGACGACUUAGCAUUCGCUGUGCUAUUAUUAGCGGCACCGGAAUCAGCGUUUAUAACCGGCACUAAUAUGUUGGUUGAUGGGGGCUAUACCGUUGCAGGCCUAUAA